GGCCACCACUCAGGACAGGCUGCUGUAAAUUAGACCAACGCUCUGAGCCACCUCAUUCAGGCCAGGGGCCAUUUUGGGUUCCAGUGCAGUCAGAGGUCAGGAAGGUGCAAGGUGGCUGGAAGCCACAUUUGUCCUCACUCCUCUCCACCAGUGAGAGUUUUGUGCUGCACUCCACAAGCACAUAAUCCUUUCCUGUACAUGUGCCUGCUUGACUCAGUACAAACCCAAUAUUUCUGAUAACAGAAAGGGAACAAUGAAUUGUGUGGCCUGAUACAAUUCACUUUGAGUUCAGUGAGAGGAGGAGCCAGCUGUGAAAGACAGCGUUGCUGACUUUGCUGCUUACCAAGAUUAUUAGGAGGAGAGGGGAAAGGACAGACAGACAGACAUGUCUUCAGAAACAGCCCAAAGUAAAGUUCAGGUAUCUUCACAGCAACAAAACAAACAGUCUGGUCUCCACUGUCCUAUCUCAGAUGCUCACAUCAAUAGAAAAGAAGUAGAAAGGAUCAGUCGAGAAUGUAGAAACGAAAGUUUCUGGUACAGAGGUCUUCCCUUGUCUCUAGGAAGCAUGCUAAUCACUCAAGGGCUAAUUUACAAUGGCUUUCUCUCAUCGAACCCAAGAUUUGGAUCAUUACCUAAAAUUGCAUUUGCUGGUGCCUUUGGUCUUGCCAUUGGGACGAUGUCAUACAUACGAGUAUGCCAGAGGAAGUUCCAAAAUAUAGGAGUUCAGCAAUUUGGUCCAGAACAUAAAAGGCACUGUCAUCAUACCUGCAAGGAAUGCGAAGCAAAUUUUGCAUCUAAUGGAUGGGAAAACUCAAAGCCUUCAGCUUCAUAAUCCCAGAUCACGUCUCUUCUUUUUAAGAAGUUACUUCAUAUCUUGAUAUCUGAAUUGUAGAACUGACAAAGAUGACAAAAUACUGCAGAAAAAGUCUCUUCCUUCAAUAGCUUAUUCUGGACAGAAGAAAUUAAGCCUACAGUCAGAUGUAAACCAAUACGCUGUGAGGAUUGGGCUAAUUUUAAAAAAGUUUGCCUAUAUAAUAAAUGCUAAUUUCUAGUAA